CCGCCAUGUGGCGGCCGGCGGAGUAGCGCGGGCGUGGUCCGGGGCUCCCGCCGUGCGGCCUCCGCGGGCCCGGCAUGGAGGACGUUAACUCCAACGUCAACGCGGACCAGGAGGUGCGGAAGCUGCAGGAGCUGGUGAAGAAGCUGGAGAAGCAGAACGAGCAGCUGCGGAGCCGGUCGGGGGCGGGGGCGGCGGCGGCGGGGUCCGGCCUCGCCCACGCCUCGCCUCGCUCGGCCCCGCCCGGGCCCGGCCCGGCCUCGGGAUCCGGGGCGAAGGCGGCGGGGGCGUCCGGGCCCGGGCCCCCGAGGAGCGGCGGCUGGGAGGCGCGGGACGCCCCGAGCCUCCCGCCCCCCGGCCCCCCGGCGCCGGGCGUCCAGGCCGGCCUCCUCGACCAGGUGGAGCCGCUGAGGCCCGAGGAGCUGGACCGCCUGUCGGGCUGGGACGACCAAGAGGAGAACUGGUUGUAUUCGUCACCAAAGAGAAAGCCAAGCCCCGGGCAGAAGGCUGUCAGCCCGUUGGUUUGGUGCCGGCAGGUUCUGGAUUUCCCAACCCCCGAAGUGGAGUGUGCGAAAAAAUCUCUGAUCCACAAGCUGGAGCAGACUAUGACAGCCAUCAAGAGGCAGAGUUUAUACAGUAAUCCUUUCAACUCUGUGAGUUACACGAAUUCCUAUAGCCCCAGUGCUAGCAGCCCUUAUAGCAGUGGUUUCAACUCUCCUUCGUCAACCCCAGUAAGGACUCCUGUGGUAAAGCAGCUUGCGCUUCCUGGAAGUUUGGGAAAUUUUAAAAGCUCAGCAGAGAAAAAUCCUCCCCUCAGUCCCCAGUCUUCCAUAGACAGCGAGCUAAGUGCUUCAGAAUUGGAUGAAGACUCAAUUGGAUCAAACUACAAGCUAAAUGAUGUCACAGAUGUCCAGAUUCUAGCUAGGAUGCAGGAAGAAAGUCUCCGGCAAGAGUACGCGGCCACCGCGUCCCGGCGCAGCUCCGGCUCGUCCUGCCACUCCACUCGGCGGGGCGCAUGCAGCGACCAGGAACUCGACGCGCCCAGUUUGGAAGACGAUGAUGACAGCACGCACCACCCCGUGUACCCUGCCCUGAGCAGGUUCUCUCCGUCUCCCCGCAACUCCCCGCGACCCUCCCCCAAACACUCCCCCAGGAAUUCUCCUCGCUCUCGCUCGCCUGCACGGGGAGUGGAGUUCCCCCGAGGGUCUCCCCAGCCCAUGAUCAGCCGCUUGCAGCAGCCUCGCCUCUCGCUUCAGGGCCACCCAGCCGACUUGCAGACCACCAGCGUCAAGAACGAAGAAAAACUAAGACGUAGUCUUCCAAACCUGUCCAGGACACCUACCACCCAAGUCGACUCUGUGAAAAGCAGCAGAAGUGACUCCAAUUUUCAAGUGCCAAAUGGAGGAAUACCUCGCAUUCAACCACAAGCCUCAGCCAUCCCUUCUCCGAGUAAGUUCCGGUCCCCGGCGGCGCCGUCUCCGCUGGCCCUGCGGCCACCCGUGCGAGCGUUCAGCAGCCACGGCCUGGGCCCCGCCGGCGCUUCGGACACGACCCAGCUCCCCCAGAGCGGCGCCUCCGCGGGCGCCCCCCCGACUUCGGCCGGCGGCUCCAGCAGCGCCCCUCUCGCCAGACCUCCGGGGGCCCCGGGGCUGAGGAGCGGCCUGCCCAGACCCAGCGCCCCGGUCACCGGCGGGAUCCCAGUGCCUCGCAGCAAGCUCGCCCAGCCUGUUCGCAGGUCGCUGCCAGCACCCAAAGCCUACGGCAGCAUGAAAGACGACAGUUGGAAAGAUGGCUGCUAUUGACCUGCGGGGGCCCCUUCUCCAGACUCAAUAUGCAGGACUGUCCGGAUGUGACUUUGGGAUUGGAAAAUCCCGGUCCUCUCUGUCAACGUGAGCACAAACUGGCAGAGACGGCCAAGCAGCACUUUAAUGCCAUUAAACAUCAGAUAGGGUUGGUGAUCACACAGUACCGUCCCAUGGAAUCACUUUUCGUUCUCCCGUUUGAUCAGAGGCCCGACCUGUCUCGUUCUGUCUGAUAGCGGCCAAGUCCCAGGCAAAACCCUAACGGAUGCCAAAGAGCAAGCUCACGGGGGACAUUAGUGGGGGCGUCCGAGGUGCCAGGCACCUGGGCCGCCUUCUGAACUCAGUGCUCGAGCGGGCGGGCGGGCCGGCAGGUCUUGCCUGCGGCAGCCACCAUAUAGAGGAGUUCUGGGCCUGCCCCGGCCGCAGCCGGUUUGAGCGUGAUGCCCCCCCGCCCCCCGUUGCAGAGUGUCUGGGCCUCCAGCUGGGCCCCGCCCCCUAAGGGUUUUAGGUUGAGCUCAGGGGACAACCAAACACAAACAUACAACUUCAGAGGAGAGCCACGCCCUGGGCUGCGUUGACAUAUCAGAAUUUUGUGUGUGUGUGAGUGCACGUUUGCACACGUGUGUGUGUAUGUGUGUGUGUAUACAAUCUAUUUCCACUUUCUAGCCCAUGGCUCAGGAACAGCGAGUGAUUCCCUUGAAUGUGGCGGCCCAGGUGCGAGCAUACUCUUUGCUCUGAGAAAGCUGGGUGGGAGAAUUGGUUUGGCUCCUUGGCAGGGUUUCUUGAGGAGGGGGGGCGAGAAAUUCCAACAGUUCUUGAGCAUCGGCCGAUGUCCUCCGUGCCUGCGUCCUGUCGGAAAGCUGGACUUGGUCGAAAAGAAGGAAGAUCUAUGCAUCUGUAUAACACACAGUCUCUGUAGAGGACCGUGGUCUUCUGAAACCAAAUGACACUUUGGGAUGAUUCCCAGCAUGGGAAUUGCUUGCUGAAUCCCAUUUUUUACAUCGAAUGACAUUAAUUUUCUUUGAGGAGAUUGUUUCUGUUUGGCUGUGUCUUGCCUUACUGGUACUGAGUUUGAGAUUGGCUGUGUGUGUGCACGCACACACACACACACACAAACGCACACUCUCUCUCUCUCUCUCUCCCAGACUCGAGCCUUCUUUAUCACUGGAUCUCUGCUCACUAUUGUUCCCAUGCUGUAGCAGGCGCUUCUCUGUGGAGCUAAAUCCUUUGAAAGAAUGACUUUCGGGAGACGGCAGACUAGAAAUUUUUUGGUUAAGUCAAAAUAAGUUGGCAUGAGAAAGUGGAGCAGCAGGACUGCGGUGAGGGUUGGUAGAAGGGCAGCUAGUCAAGGGACCAGCCCCUCCUGCAGGGGGCUUGAUGCCACCUGAACUGUGGGAGGGAGAGAUGGGCCCUGGGCCACCUCCUCAUUGGAUCAGGGAGAAGGAUCUCCAACGGCCAGAGCCCGCCUAGACAGGCAGAGGGAGGGCUGGGAAACCAGGCUUGUAAACAGGGGUCGGUGAGGCAGAGAGGAAAGGACUUGGGCGCAGGACCCCUGAACUGUCCACACGUGUUGGCCAGAUGGGUUCUCCGGAUCGUGUUUUGCCCUCCCGGAGGAGCGGCUGACUCGUCGCUCCCCAGACUCUUCCUAGAAGUCUCUAGAAGCCUUGCCGCCAGCGUGGGUGCCAUGAACAGCAAGACGCACUCUCCAGGAACCUCGGCAGGGGAUGAUGGAUUGGUGCCCAAGUGGAGCCUCGCCGAGACCGGCAGCCACGGCUGUGUGUGCCCCCUGCCCCUGGCUGAGCACCGGGCUCCUAGGGCCGCUCCGGGCCACGGCCAUCCCGGGGGGCAGGGCGGGAGGGUUGGAGGGAAUGAAGGUCCAUGAGACUGAAUGCAUUCAAGAGAUAGAAGGAAGAAUUCACCUUAGCCAGAAAGACAGGACUCGGUACUGGUGGGGUGCCGUGUUGCAGAGAUCUACCACAGCCUAAACGACAGGGACUAUUUUUAUGGGAAGAGAUUAUCCAAUUUUUUUAUUUAGAUCUGUUUCAGAAGAAAUAUUCAGGUUAUUUAACUUUGUUUUAAAGUUGUUGCAUUGAAAGCCUGUACUUGAAAAGACAUUGAGAUUUAUCACCUAGAAAAGGUCUGCAGAACUUGAAAUGGGAAAGCCUUGUGGGACCUGCCGUUCCCCCCGCCCCCCAAAGUCUUUGACUGUUUUCCAUAGGGAGCUUCUGGGCGUUGCCCAUUUUUCUGUUUGGGGAAAUGACAGGCCCCUCCCGCGGUGAGCUGGGAGCUGGCUGCAGGAAAUGUGGCUCGGAGCAACUGGUGCCUAGGAUUUCCUUACCUUAGGGUUUGAUCUAUAGUCGUCGGGUUUCAUGACUGUGGGUUUUUGGUUUCGGUGCCAAUGGCUUCAAAUGGUCACUUGUAGAUAGGCAGAAAGCUGACAGCCUGCUUCCAAAGUUAUUUAAUUUUCCCCAGUGUUUGAAUGGUUUUUUUGUAAGUGUGUUAAUAAAAGUGUGAAAAGUGGGACUAUUCUUAAGACUCGGGCAUCUGCUGCGUCCAUUUUUAUACAGCCUGUUUGUACAAUGUAAGAUGCUUUUUGAAGAGCAGUCAGUGCUCGGAUCCUGGAAACUACAUUUAGUAAAGUAACAUACCAUUCA